GCUACUUCACGAGGGGGGGAGGGGAGGGGGCAAAUAUGCCAGUUCUCUCACUCCUAAGUCCAAGACUACGGGCAACAUUCUUUGUUCUGACCCCUCUUUUUCUCACUCUCAGUCUCUGAACUUUUUCACUCAUUGCAACUGAUCAAUCUACUCGCCAUGAACUUGUUUCGUCUGGUUGCAGACCUGAUGCAUCUGACGUCGAUCUUCAUUCUCCUACUGAAAAUGCAAAAGACGCGCUCAGUAGCAGGGAUCUCAUUCAAGACCCAAGCCCUUUAUGCCGCCGUGUUCUUGACGCGAUAUACCGAUCUGUUCACGAACUACGUUUCAAUCUAUAAUACAUCAAUGAAGAUCUUCUUCAUUUCGUCGUCGCUUUACAUUGUCUAUUUGAUGAAAUACAAGUUCAAGGCCACGAACGACCCUCACCAGGACAACUUCCGCGUUGAAUACAUCCUGGCUGGUGCGGGGGUACUCUCGCUGAUCACUAACUAUGCCUUCACAGUACAAGAGAUUCUUUGGACGUUCUCAGUGUAUCUCGAGGCAGUCGCAAUCCUUCCUCAGUUAUUCAUGCUGACAAAGACAGGAGAGGCCAAGAUGAUCACGACGCACUACUUGUUCGCACUGGGUGCAUACCGUGGCCUAUAUCUCAUCAACUGGAUCUAUCGAUAUCGCGCCGAAUAUUACGUGGACUGGAUCGUCUGGAUUGCAGGAGCAGUACAGACAGGACUCUACUGUGACUUUUUCUUCAUCUACUUUACAAAGGUCCUGAAGGGCGUCAAGUUUGAGCUGCCACAGUAAAUGGGCCUGCAAUUGAUAGACAAUAGAGAAAGAGAGGGUUGUGUGUGUGCACGUGGGGACUAUUUUGAGUGGAUUCAGUAAUAAAGCGAGCAGGAAUUGCUGAA